UCAGCUUCCAGUGCGAAAAGAUACCGUCGAGGAACGAGUCGUCAAGAUGGAAGCUAUCCGCAGAGUUCUGAAGAUUGAUCUGCCCAAGUACCUAAAGUCCCUCCCCAUACCCAGCACGGUGGAAGGACUGACAAAGUUGACCCCAGACGAAUGGCAGAUCCUCGCCCCGUUUCUCGUUGCCGUCAUUGUGCUGCUAGCGACGAUCGCGUUGAGCCUCUUUGGUGGGAGCAAGAAGCCUUCGCGUCGUGUUAACACAUCCAUUGCGCUGGAGAAGGAAAAAGUGGUGGACACAUGUGACAUCGAAGACAUGUUCACCAAGGGCUCGCUUAAAUGUGUCUUGUGUCGCUGCUGGAAGUCCAAGAAAUUUCCGUUUUGCGACGGUGCGCACAAUGAGCACAACAAAGCCACGGGGGACAACCUCGGCCCUUUGAUCGUCCAGAAGAAGGCAUAAACGACCACCUAAUCAAUCCAUUUCCAUCUAUCCGUCCUUAACGGCAUUUGCUCGCUCAAUAUGUCGUCGUCACAGCGCAGCCUCCAUUGUACCCCGUAUAUGUCACUUGGGACAACCAUACAUGC